AUGGAACCAUCACUAUUCCAAGGUGACGAUAAGACUGCACCUCUCACUGGAGCAACUCAGGAAGGCGUUGCUCAGAAGACAGAAUCUAUGAUAGACACGGCCAUACAAGAAGCUGGCUCGUUGCGCGAUAAGACUAGGGAUGUGGUCGGUAAGACUAAGGAUAUGGCUGCGCGUUCUACAGAGUCUGUGAAGAAGACCAGCAAAGGGCUCGUCACCAAUCCCGGAGAGUACUUGAAACCAGUUGCCGAAAAAGCCGGUUGGUACUGGAGCAACCUUCCGUUUGUUCGUUGGUUUACUUACACGGCGAGCAUCUUCAGCUCGGUUCCGAUUGCGAUUUUUGUUUCUUGGCUGGCUAUUACUGGCCUGAUUGUGUUUUCUAUCGCGAGCAUAGGAUUCUUAAUUUCUGAAGGAUUCUUCUUCUUGCUGGGCGGUGCUGUAUUUGUGCCUGUUGUUGGAUUUGUACUCGUUGCUGCUCUAGGCACUGGAGCCUUCUUCUCUUUCGCCUACUAUGGGCUCCGGGCGUUCAAGUAUGUGACUAACCGCGUAUUAACUGCUCUGGGCCUCUUGUCUAAAGAAGUGGAGGUGGAUUCUCAUGGUGUGUACGUUGGUUACAAGAGAGGCAUGGGACAUGUUUACGAUACGAGAUAA